UUUUAAGAUAAAAAUUAUUACUUUAAUCAAUCCAAUACUAUAAAAACUUACAAAUGUCAGGAAAUGUCCAUUAUCAUUCCAGUAUCACCUCAAACUUUGACUUCAAGUUGUAGUCAUCAAAUUCUCAAAUUGUUUUUUGAACAUCAUAUUUGGUUAAGAAUGAUUUGUUGCCUAAAUAGAAAUAUCCUUUUUAACAAUUUCGCAACUUAUAGCUUAUUCAUAUUUCAUCUAUUAUUACUCUUUGCAGUCUGUGCAAUAGUAACAAAUGCUGAUUUAUAUCCUGGUUUGUCUCUUCAUAUACUUAUAUCCAUUAUGUUUUGGACUUUUAUUUCAUGGCUAGUUUGCUGCAUUUGUGACAGUUUUCUUAGGCAUACGAAGCCGAAAGAGCAGGAAUCUAAAAGAAAUGCUAUACAUAGUGUAUUUGCUCAUAGCAUAAUAUGUUUAUCCUUUUUAUAUUCCUGCUCUAGAAAUCAAAAAUUAAUGAACCUAUGUUCAGUCAACUUGGUCAGCUGUUAUCAAGUAAAUUAUUUAAAACAAGGCAACGAGAGGAAAAAGAGAAUAAAUUAGCGAAGCUUCGGAAAUGCAAUUUAUCUAUGACUUCGGAAUGGUACGACAGCCUACUAAAGUCAAUGUCUCUGAUUGAUUUGGAAUCUUUAGAAUAUUAUCCUACUUUUCCAAAAUAUAUUUCUCUUAUCAAUCAGACUUCACAUAUUCCUAAUUCUGUUCAAUCAUUUCCAAACGUUUCUUUUGUUAAGAAAUCAGUUUCAUUUCAACGAUUGAAAGAGAAAAAAAGUUGCCCAUCACGUUUGCAGAUGAUGAUUACUCAUCGGAGAAAAGACAAGUCAAAAAUUUGUAAAAAGAGAUUCAUGAAUACUAAAAUCUGGCAUGUAAAGCACUCUAAAUUUAGUCAACAAAUGCUAAGAAUUUUUCAGUCUUAUGAAAUCAAUAAAAAAGAGCUAAUGCAAGAUAUCGAUUCAUGUGCAAAAGAUAUUAGAUUGAAAGGACACUGGAAAGAUAAUAUUCCCGAUUUAAUAUUGGACGAGUUCUGUAUUGAUCCUCGGAAGAUAGAGGAUGUCUUACAAAGAAAGUUAUCAUCAUUUGUACUAGCCAGAAGUUUGGAAAUUGGUAAAAACUUUACUAAAUUCUCAAAAUUCCAAUCCGAAGUGAAAAAUGAAAUAUUGAGUAUUCUCUAUUCAAUGAAUAAUAAACCUCGAUCAAUCUUUACUAAGAAGCAUUGUCCGCUUUCUAAAUAUACCAAAUGUAUUAUUGAAAGUAGUGGCGAUUGGAGGAAAUAUGCGAAAGAACUUAUAAAGUUAAAUAAUGAAAAAACUGAAAAUUUUCUCAAAAAUGUCAUUGAGAUCAUUCAAGCUAAUGGAUUUAUCAUAUCUGAAAAGAUGUUAGGCAAACUUUGUUCUGAAGUUGUUAGUUCUGUCUCUCUGCUUAUCGAAUUUGAUUGCGAAGGAUUGUCAAACAGAGCUAUUAAGUCAAUGAAUGCUUCGUCUACUCAAAUGAUUCCCAGUACAGAAUUAUGGAGUUUGUUAGACUCCAAAAGUGGUUGUAUUUCGAAAUUUUUCCAAAAUAAACUUAAAAGGAAGAAUUUUCUUUCAUAUAACAAACUUACUAGAGGAGAAUCAAGGAUGAAGUUCCUGGACAUAAGCAAUUCGCUUAAAAUUGUUGUACGUGAUGAAGUUAGGAGAAAAGAUAAAAUAUUGCGAAGACUAGUCCUAUGUUAUGCUCUCGUAUUCAACAGGAAUAAAUUUGAAUGUUACUUUAAAAGAUGUAUGACUUUAGAUUUAAAAAGACAAAUAGUGCGAUUAGUUUGUGGAAGCAUUUUCCUAAAUUUAUCAGAUGACAAUGUAGUUCGGCUUUUGAAGAAAGAUCUUCAACAUCAAGCAAGGUAA